AUGGCCACUUUUACCAAUGAAAACGCAAAAAUUCCGUGCCAUACAGUACCUAAUUACCGUAAUUCAUCGAACAACGACUGUAUAAUGCCGAUUCAUUACAACCUGGAUAUGAUAGUGUUACCAGGCAUUUCAUUCAUUGGCGAGUUGAAUGCCACUUUUUAUAUUAAUUGUGAAAUAUCAAACAUAACUCUACAUAUUGCAAGAUCCGAGCAUAUAGUGAAAGUGAUGCUUAAGUCGCCUAAUGGAACAAUCUAUACUCCAAAUUUUGAUUAUUCGAGAAAUUUUGCUACUUUGAAUUUCAUUAAAUAUUUAUCGCCUGAAAAUACACACUUAGAUUGUGGAGUUUAUACAAUGUUUCUAUUCGCAAAUUUACUCCAACCGAGAAAUGCUCGACAAUUAUUUCCGUGUUGGGACGACCCAAAACUGAAAGCAACUUUUAACAUCACCGUCAAAUUCGAUACGAGAUACAAUGUUAUAUCGAAUACGAUACCAAUAAAAGUCGAAGUUUCGUAUAACGGGAUGAAACGUUUACUGUUCAACAUGACACCUAAAAUUUCUGUAAACGAUGUCACGAUUAUAAUGUUCAAUUUGCAACCAGAUUCUCUUUCCAAGAUAAACAAGAUCUAUUUUUGGAGCAAAUGGGAUUUGAUACCUUACAUGAAAUGGGCGCAAUAUGUUGCUGGAAAUGUAAGCAUGUAUUUAGAAAACAAUUGGAGGAUUAUUUCGAGAAGCGAGCCAAAAAUGGAUUAUGUAGUUAUUCCGAUAGAUUUAACCGAGUAUAAAAGGCGGAAUUGUGGAGUAAUUUUAUUCAGAUUUAUUUCUUCUGAUAUGGCAAAUACUUUCAAUGAUUUAUGGAGCAUUAUGCCGAUUCCUAAAGGUGUAUUAAAACUAAUAAAAUAUAAUUUGGACAUAAAAAAGAUUAUGGCUAUUUGGUCUAUGCAGCAGCAUUAUCCCGUGCUAAAUGUUACACGAUAUUAUUCUAGAAAUAGUGCGAAAAUAUUCUUAGAGUUUCAGGCCGACAUGGAUCAGAAUCCAUAUUGUAUACCUGUCACAUUUACUGAAGAAGCAAGUAUAAAUUUUAAUGUAACUGGUUCAGAUAUUUAUUUGACGCCCUCAAAUCCAAAGUGGGAAAUGCAGUUCUUUUUUCCAAAAAAGUGGAUAAUUUUCAACUUACAACAAAUUGGAUUUUAUCGCGUUAAUUAUGAUGGCGAAAAUUGGAAAUUAAUUGCGCGUUACUUAAAUUCUGAACAGUAUACAAAUAUACAUGUUCUGAAUCGAGCCCAAAUCAUCGAUGACUCAUUCCAUCUGAUGAUACAGGGAAAACUUAAUUUUUCCACAUUUUGGGAACUCUCGAGUUAUUUAUGGCAAGAGAAAGAUUAUGUGGCAUGGUAUCCUAUGUUUAAAGCUCUGGAAUACAUGUCAAAUAUUAUUCCAUUUCUUAAUUCUGGAUUCUAUCCUUCGGAAGUAUUUAAGGGUAUGCAAAAUUUAAGAUUGCGGAUCCAAUAUGGUGGAUCAGUAUUAAGAGAAACUAGACGCCAGAAUGUAGUUACUUCCGAAUAA